CAAAGAUCAGUAUGCACUCUGGAAAAAGCAGUACCACCCUAUCAGGAUCCUGUCGAUGGGUUGCCAUGACAGCGCUCUGCUGUUUACUUUGCGUCCAGGUUGUGAAAGCACUAGGCUCCCCCAGGAUCAUCAACCGAGUAAAACAAGUACAGGGAAAACUGGGUCAAAGUCUGGUUAUCCCUUGUCAGGCAGUUCCAGGUUUCCCAGAUGACUUCACCAUCAUCUACUGGCUGGUGAACAGUACCUUCAUUAAGACAACCUACCCAUCAAAAAGGAUCCAGGAAAAUCAAGAGAAGAUAUACACAGUGGGAGGAAAAACUGUGCUUCAAAGAGAUCUGAAAUUUAACUGGACAAAAAAGAAAGAUUUCAACUCCAACUUCACUUGUGUGGUAAUGAACCCGUCUGGUAUGGACAAGAUGCAGGUUACGAUAGUCCCUCCUCAAUCACUGAGAAGACACAAAAGCAGUUAAGCAUCUGUACUCCGCACAUUCCCUUUCCCCAAACCAGAAAAGAGAAGGAUUACUUCUGCACAGAAUCUGCGUUGAAGUUCAAACAUGGAGACCCAACUUGUGCAGUGGACCCUUGUGUAAACAAUUGAAAAAACCUUAUAGAACCAUGUUUCAAGGAAUUCUAGGUAUUUUAUGCUGUUACUGUACAAUAGAAGUAUCAAUGAAAUAACCAUGUUUAAAUAAACACGCUCAUUAUUUUUCAAGUAGUUUGGAUACAAAUUCAAAUCAAGCAGCCUGUAAUCCCAAUUGCUUCUUGAAAUUUGUUCCCCAUCUUUUACAGUGAGCCCAGACACAAUAGUCAAAAGCAGUAAAAUGUAUGUUGUGAUUAAACAUGACCAUGACAUAUUUAAUGACCAAACAUACUAAAGCCAUCUUCUGCAGUCUGCUUAAAUCUUACAAAUCAUUUUUUUUUUUUUUAAUAUAAAAUCUUUGCUUCUAUUUCGACAGCUAUUUAGUUUUAGUAAACUACACUUGUUAGUCUCUAUUAUGUCGUAAGUAAUACCCAUAUCUGUCUGUGUUUAUAAGAAUACUUUGUUACAGCUUUAUCAAUCCAAAGGUUGGACAGCAAUAGCUCCCUCUACAGGAAAGUUCAGUACACUACAAUUCCAAAUAAAAGUCUACACAGAAUCAGUUUGCCAUAUUUAAUGAACUUACUUGGAGUAAAUCUAAUUCUGUUCAAUAUCAGCAGUUUUCACAGAUCCUAAAUAGGCACUUAUCUUGGACCACCUUACCCAAGGUAACAUUAAAUAGUCCAGCAACAGAGUAAAAUCAUUAAGUUAAAACCAGCCAUUAAAUACAACAAAAAUACUGUUACAUCUUUUAUUGAAGCAGACAGAAAACAGAAAAGGAAGUACAACUAACAUACAAAUAAACACCUACUUAGAUUAGUGUGCAACAUAUCAAACCACCACGUCAAGGAGGGGUCCACUUGCACAAUACUCAGGCAAGGACUACCAGUGCUGCUCAGAACACAUGCAUCACAGUGCAGCGUUCUGUGGAAGGGUAGAAAUAUUACCUCUCAGUAACACUACCAAAUACAUUUUUGCAAAAACACAUAAGUGAGCUCCAAAACUAAAUUUAUUGUGUGUGUCUCGUAUUUCAAGGACUGCCUUUCUACAAAGAAGGAAAUAUCAAAACUGGGAAAAAAAAAGUUCCCCAAACAUGAAUCCAAUCAAAUAUAUCUCGGAGCUCCCCAGACUGAAGCCCAAAUGCAGAUUGCACAUUGGUCAAAAUAUGAACUUGCAUUGUUAACUACAGGGAUGGGUAAAGCUGGCAUUUCAGUUGAGGUCUUUGGUCCACAAGUGAAAAUGGUUAAAUUGAUCAUCCCUGCUUAAAAAAAAGACAAAAGAUAAGAAACCGAUUAUAAGAAAAAAAAAAAAAAGCAAGAGGUGGUCAUACGGCAGUAGUUUUUUAUUUUGCUGGAUCCUUAAAUAGUCAAGGGUAUGGAAAUAUCAGAAGAGAUUUUAAAAUUGUAUACAAG